AGCUCUCUCUUCCUCUCUUGCUUGUGGGAUGAGUGUACUCUAGCUGCUGAGGACGCAGGCCGCUGCUGAUGCUGAUGCUGCUGUGGUGGAUGGCUGCCUGACAUCAGUAUGGCUGAAGUGGUGGAAAAUUAAGGGGUUUAAGAUUUUCUUGUGACUCGUUAGUCACAAUCUGCACUGAUGGGCUUGACAUGGAAUCUGAAGCAUGCUGAAUAUCAUGCUUUGCUCCAAAGACCCUUUGCCUGCAUUCAGAGUGGGGAGCCAGUCGCCCACAGAGCACGGCGACAACAGAGAUGCAUCCUGCAGUAAAUAAGGCUCAAGAGCAAAGGUGAACAAUGAAUCGAAAAGAAAAACCUUUAAGAGGCAAUAGGAAACAGAAGUGCCUGUCUGGACAGAUCUGAGAAGAAGGGAGCGAUGGCAAAGAGAGAUUACUUGGUGGAGGCGGCAAAGCAGAUCCGCAUGGCACUGGACAGUGAGGUCAAUGAGGACUACGAGGCAGCUUUCAGCUACUACAAGAAUGGAGUGGACCUGCUGCUAAACGGAGUUCAAUUGGACCCAAACAAGGAGCGGAGGGAGGCUGUGAAAAGGAAAACAACCCAAUAUCUGAAGAGAGCGGAGGAAAUCUUUAUCACACAUCUACAGGAUAAUCUCGGAAAAGGAAGCUGCCAUUUAGGGGGUUACAGUAGUUUGAGAUUCCGUCCAAUCAGACACCUGAGUUCACCUGUGGAGGAUCUGGAGAUGUGUAAAGUGGUGGGAGUCAACGAUAAGGUCCUGAUUGUACAAAGUAUGGUCAACAAAGAGACGUUUGUUGUGAAGAGUUUGGUGAAAUCAAGCUGGGAGAGCAGAGAUCAACCAACCAUCAUUCCUCAAGGCGUGCCAUACAUGGUCAAGCUGCUGCGAUAUUAUGUCAGUGAGGAUGCAGUGUACCUGCAUCUAGAUCACAUCAAAGGUGGACGGCUCUUUUCCAAGCUGCACAAAUUGAACACAGAUAAGGCCAAGGAGCAUCCAGAAUGCCUCACCUCCGGCCAGCACAACGUCAAGCUGAAGACCAGCCACACCUCAUGCACAAUCAGCACAGACUACCAGCACGGCACCCAAGCACCAAUGCAGAAAUCAAUUGAUGACAGCACAGAUGCGGACUUUCCGACCUCUUGGGAUGAGACCCAGCGGCGGCUGGAAAGCUGUGGGACUCACUCCUACAUCGAGGAGACGGGUUGCCUGCAGAACACCCGAUCUGCAGCAUCGUUUUAUAACAAGCUGGAUCGGCUAACUCUGCUGUCUGGCCCAACAAGCUCACAGGUCAACACCCAUAUCCACCCACCAGCUCCUAGUUUGUGUUUGCACUCCAGUGAAACUCAGGAAAAGCCUGCUCUUCCUCUCUCCUGCACUCGAGUCAGUCAAGCUCUUGAUGUCAUGUCAGAAAUCCAUAAAAAGACAACAGGGAUGGGGCUGGUAGAGUGCAGCUCGGACUUUGAAGCAGCUUGGAAAGCUGCCGACCCGACACUCAGCUGUGAGAACAUAAACCCCUAUGCAGUCAGCGACAGUGAACUGUCAAGAACACUGGGACAAACUUCUCCUCAAAAACAUCUGAACACAUUUCUGAAAGCAGGGUCAACAAACACUGACAAUAAGGGUUUGAGCUCCUCUCCUGCCAUCUUGCAUCUUCCUCUUCAUCAUCAGUCAUAUGGGAAGGCAUCGUGGGACACUAAUGGUUCUGACCAGGGGUCUUUUUUAGGAGGCAACUCUUUAGAAGUAGUUCCAGACUCAAAGCCACACAGCAUUAGUCCCACAGCAGAGGAAAAGAACGGUAUGGUAGUUUUAAAGAGUACUGACAGAGCCAUAUUUUCUGACUCAAAAAACACUGCAGAAAGAUUUCAGUCUUUUUCUGGUCCUCUUCACCUCACCACUGCAGAAAAAAUGAAGUCUGUUUUGGGGAUCACCUUGGGGGGCUUCUCAGAUGUUAAAUGUAAAAGUGAAACACAUCCUAAUGGAGGACAAAAGAAUGCAGCAAUGGUCUGUGAGUUGGCAUUCUCUGCAGAGAAAACAGCAGCCUCAAAACACAGAUGUCGUGUUGGCUGGUUCUCCCCUGAUCCUCUUGGAGUCCUGCCCCAGAGCAAGGAAGGGGAUGGAGACGUUUCUGUGAAUCCAGAGGGGAAAGAAGAAGACCAAAUCAUUGAGGUGGACGGCUGGUGCCACCUGCUGCCGUUCUCUAGCAGGCCUUCCAGGCCUGAAGACAAGGCCAUGCACACCUGCUGGGGGCUUCCAGAAGCAGAUGUAAGAGUGUGGGGAGCACAGAUACUUUUGGCCCUUGAAAGUCUGCAUGAGCAAGGCAUCCUGUGUAGGGAUCUCAACCCGAGAAACAUUCUGCUGACCAGCAAUGGAAAAGUAUGUUUGACGUUUUUCAGCCAGUGGAGUGAAGUUCAGCCUGAGAUUAACUCCAAAGCAAUGGAACAGAUGUACUGCGCUCCAGAAAUCGGGGGAGUGUCCAGAGUUACAGAGGCUUGUGAUUGGUGGAGUCUUGGUGCUUUGCUUUUUGAGCUCCUCACAGGAAUGCCACUCUGGCAGCUCCAUCCGGCAGGAAUCCACUCCCACACCCAGCUCCUCAUUCCCAACCACCUUAGUGCUGCAGCUGCAUCUCUCCUUACUGAGCUGCUUCAGUUUGAUGCUGGCUACCGCUUGGGUUCAGGAGGGGGAGGAGUGAGCGACAUCAAGUGUCACCCCUUCUUCAGCGGCGUAUCUUGGAAAGCUUUGACCUGCUAACAAGAUCACUACUUUUGCAUAUCUGAAAAAGUUGUGCCAACCCGGACUUUAGUGGUUCUGCUGGAGGUGGACAGAAAGGACGCAGAAACUUUCUGUGCUUCCCAUGAUGAAGAACCGAACAAAGGUUGGACAGAAGUGCGGACACACAGUCUGGAAAGAGGACAAUCUACUUAAUUUUUAAAAUGUACCGAUUCCUAACAUGCAGUUUUGAUCAAUGAAAUUCUACAUACCA